AUGUUAUAUAAAUGUAUUAAUUUAAUCAUGUUCUGUAAUUUUUUAUGUGGUUUCUAUGUUAAAUUUUCAAAAUUUUAUAUGACGAUUCUGUCUACGCUUUAUUGCGCUUCUAUUUCAGUUUUCAUACUUUAUGGUUUGUAUUCAAGACCUCUCAUAAGUAAAUUUUAUGUGUGGUCAAAUAAUUUUUGUAUUUUUGACACUAUUUGCUUUAUUUUAUUUACUUAUAUUAACGGAACAGUAUACGUAUCGAAAUUCCUUAGCAAGAUAUCCGAAAUUGACGGUAAACUUCAAUUGGAACUCUCUACAAUUUCUAUUAAAACAAUAUUAUUCUUUUUACUUAUUUUCCUUGAAAAAAUCUUUUACACUUUGGAAUAUUACGCACGCAAUGAAGUGAGCACGACUGUUUACAAAAUUUCUAUAGCUGCUUGGUUAGUUUACAAAUAUGGCAGCUUUUUCAAUUCAGUCUUGAGAAACAUAUUGUUCGAACUAAUGAGACAGAGGAUGAAAGGUCUUCGGUUAACCCUUGAGCAUAAUAUAAAUCAAGAUGGAGUCGAUAAAGUUGAAGAGAUUAACAAGACAUUAGAAAUUUAUAAAAUGAUUCUGGAUACUAAUAAAUCCUUUGGAUACAUAGUUAAGUAUUAUAUUAUACGCGACUUUUUUGCGGCUUUCUACUACGUGAUAAUAACAACCAUCGGCAUUUCAUAUAAUUCGAAAAAAAGCAUAAGGCCGCACAUGGCAGUGGAUGCCGUUGCAAAUAUUCUAAUGGCUUGUUUGCCAUGUAUUGUUUUACAAGGAGCGAUUAAUGAAGUAGCAAAUAUUAAAAAAAAUCUUGUUCAAGAAUUCUUAAAAUGCCCAGUUGAAGAAAGUCACAGCGGAACACGGGACAAAAUCAAGGAUGCCAUAAAAUAUUUGGAGUUGAAUCCUUUUAUGUUUCCCAUACUACACCUAUUUAGUUUAAAUCUGACCGUUCCUUUUUACUUCAUUAAUCUUUGUAGUACUUAUGUGAUAGUGGCUAUUCAAUUCGCUAAAUUGGCUUAA